ACUAUAAUUGACUUAAAAUUUUUAGGUUACAACAGUUUGCGUUUUAUAUUGUGAUGUGUCCAAUUGUAAUUAAAGCAAUAAUUCAGGCCAAAUUAUUGUAGAAUAUUUAUCGAAUGAGAGUAUUUAUAACAUUCUGCAAUGGCAGUUGUAAUAGAAACAAGUCUUGGUGACAUUACUGUAGAUCUUUACGUACAAUUAAGACCUCAAACAUGUCGGAACUUCCUAAAAUUAUGCAAGAUGAAAUAUUACAACUACAAUCUAUUUCAUUCCAUAAGAAGUGGGUUUAUAGCUCAAACAGGUGAUCCGACGGGUGAAGGAUCCGGCGGACAAUCCAUUUGGGGUGUUCUAGAGGGUCCUGAGAAAAGAUUUUUCUCUGGUGAAAAGAUGCCUAAAAUUCGUCAUUCUGAAGUUGGCUUACUAUCUAUGGUGGGCACUGAUGACAUGAUGGUGGGUUCUCAAUUCUUUUUUACUUUGGCCCCUGACUUGAACUCAUUAGAUGGCACACAUUGUGUGAUUGGCGAAGUCACUGAAGGACAUGAAAUUUUAACUAAGUUGAAUGAAGUUAUAUGUGAUGAGACGCAUAGACCUUACCGUGAUGUGCGUAUAACUCAUACAGUUAUCUUGGAAGAUCCAUUUGGUGACCCUCCUGGCUUUAGAGCUCCAUCUAGAUCACCAUCACCAAACCCAGAGCGAUUGAAAGGUGGACGUAUUGCUCCUGAUGAAGAUAUUGAUGAAACCGAGGGUAAAAGUGCAGCAGAGAUACAAGAGAUGAUUGAGGAGAAGGAAGCUAAAGCACGAGCCACAAUUCUAGAAAUAGUAGGAGAUUUACCAGAUGCAGAUAUUGCCCCUCCUGAAAAUGUUCUGUUUGUUUGUAAGCUCAACCCUGUCACUACUGAUGAUGACUUAGAAAUCAUAUUUAGCAGAUUUGGAAAAAUUGUUAGCUGUGAAGUAAUUCGUGAUAAGAAGACUGGAAACUCUUUACAAUAUGCAUUUAUUGAAUUUGAUAAUAAAAAAUCAUGUGAAGAUGCUUAUUUUAAAAUGGACAAUGUCUUGAUUGAUGACCGACGCAUUCAUGUGGACUUUUCACAGUCAGUGUCUAAAAUGAGAUACUUAGGUAAAGGAAGAGGAGUUCAAUAUUUAAAUGAUGAUAAUAGUGAAGCAGAUAUGGUAAAAAAGGGUAGAUCUCCAAGUAGGGAUCGUGAAAACAGAAGGCAGAAAUUAAACAAUAAAGACUAUGACAGAAAUGACAACCAAAGAAGUUAUGUAAAAAAUGAAAAUCACCGAGAUAGUAAAUACAAGCGGGAUAGGUCUCAGCGCAGUAGAAGUCGGUUACGGGUAGAUAACCCACGAAAAGUUAACUUGCAUGUAGAAAGAAAGGAAAGUAGAAGAAAUCAUAUGAAAUGUGAAGAUGAAAAACACACAAGAACAAAUAGGAAUAGUCACAGAGACACUAAAUACUCUCAUAGAAUGUCUUCCCCUUCCAAUGGUCGAAGAAGGGAGAGCACCCCCUCUCAUUAUAGAAAAACUUAUCAUAAAAAUUCCAUUACCGAUAGAAAUGAUAGGAAAAAUAAAAACAUAGACAAAUCAUGCAAAGACUCCUCAUCUCAUAGCCACAGAGAUAGAAAACCAGAAAAAACUGAACAUUCAAAAACAAACAAUAUAGAAAGCUAUGACAAAAUUAGAGGAAAUGAUGAGAAAUGUAGUGCUAACCAUAGAAAUAAACAUAGAAAUAGUAUGGAUGAUGAGGACAAACAAAAAAUAAAGAAAACAACAUAUUAUAAAGAUGAAUAUGAACCCAAAACACCAUCUCCAGUUGUAGAAAGGAAAAAAACUAAAUCAUCUAAAUGUAAAGAAAUAAUUAAGGUGUCAAAAUCAUCAAAAAAGCGAAGAAAUGUUUCAACAUCAUCAGAUAGCUCAUCAGAAUCAAGUUCUAGUUCAGAUUCAUCCAGCUCUUCUAGUGAUUCCGAUAGGAGACGAAAAAGAAAAAAAAGAAAGUCCUCUUCAUCAAGCAGUAGCUCAAGUAGUUCAUCCAGUUCAAGUUCAAGCAGUGACUCUUCUAGUAGUUCUGAAAGUGAAGACAAUUCUAAAAUACACAAAAAGAAGCGUAAAUCUUCAAAGAUUGUUAAAAAAUCAAAAAAAUAGCCUUAUAAUACUGUCUAAAGUACAAAAUAUCUAGAAUUCUUACCUUUUGCUAUACAAUGCAUUACAUUUUUCAUGAUACACAAUUUUGCUUGGGUCUUAUAGGUUAAAUUAUAUAAAAUAUUUUUCAGUGCUUUAAUAUAGAUGCUUUAUUAUACAAAUAGAAAAAUAUAAA